AUCAUUACGGACAGCCAAGUUUCCGGAAGAGCAACUGGUGCGAGUUUGAUGGACAAGGAAGAGAUAUUUGUUUAGUCUUGAAAACAGUCACCUAAUUUUCUUAACUCUAAGUGUCCGGUUGUUUUUAAACCCUUGAAUCAUGCCUUUAUUUGCCCCGAAUCCAUUCGACCAAGAUGUCGAGAAGGCAACCAAUGAAAACAACACAACAGAUGACUGGGGCCUCAUCAUGGACAUCUGCGACAGGGUUGGAACGACACCCAACGGAGCAAAGGACUGCCUUCGAUCCAUCAUGAAGAGAGUCAACCACAAAGUGCCUCACGUUGCCCUGCAGGCCCUCACUUUGCUGGGUGCCUGUGUGUCAAACAGUGGCAAAAUAUUUCAUUUAGAAAUCUGCUCUCGGGAGUUUGCUAAUGAAGCACGGAGUGUGCUAAGCAGGGCCCACCCUAAAGUGUGUGAGAAGCUGAAGGCUCUGAUGGUGGAGUGGGCCGAAGACUUCCAGAAGGAUCCACAGCUCAGUCUCAUCAGCGCCACCAUCAAGUCUCUGAAAGACGAUGGCAUCAGCUUCCCGUCCACAGUCUCACAGGGGUCCAGCGCAAAGACCAACACUCCUGCCACGAGCAAAGCGACUGAUGAAGAUGACCUGGCCAAAGCCAUUGAGCUGUCCUUACAGGAGCAGAAGCAGCAGGUAGAGACCCGGCCCCUCGCCAUGACCUCCGACUUCAGCAACUCCACCAACGGCGGCGUGGCUAAGGAGGUCCAGAAAGUGCGCGCGCUCUACGACUUUGAAGCGGCCGAGGAUAAUGAGCUGACUUUCAAAGCCGGAGAACUUAUUCUGGUUUUGGAUGACAGUGACCCAAACUGGUGGAAAGGAGAGAACCACAGAGGAGUGGGACUCUUCCCCUCCAACUUUGUUACAACCAACCUGAAUGCCGAGCCAGAGGCUGUGGCUUAUAUUGAAAAGGCAGCCAGCUCCGAAGAGACGAGUCUUGAAUCUAAAGUGGAGCCCGAGCCUGUCUUCAUUGAUGAGGGGAAGAUGGACAAAACGCUGGCACUGCUGCAGAACGCAGACCCUGCCGACGCAGCUCCUGACUCCCCGGAGCUGGUCCAACUGGAGGGUGCAUGUGAGCAGAUGAACCCAAUGAUUGAUGAGAAGCUAGAAGAGAUUGACAGGAAGCACUCAGAGCUGUCAGAAUUGAAUGUGAAGGUCCUGGAGGCUCUGGAGCUGUACAACAAGCUGAUGAACGAGGCUCCAUACUACUCUGCCUACUCCAAGAUGCAGCCGCAGCACUACGCACCGUCUGGCUCUGCUGUAGCCAUGCAGGGCUACCCGGGCCAGACUGCUGGCUCCUACCUGCCUCCAGCAAUGCCCCAGGUGCCACCCGCCCAGCCCUACAACCUCCCCAGUGACCAGCCUGCACCGCUCCAGUCACUGGCCCCCAACGUCUCAGCCCCAUCCAGCCAAGCGGCACAGCCUCCUUACAUGGGCAGUGGCAUGAAUGCUCAAUACAUGAACCAAGCUGCUGGAACCCAUUACCCGCCUCAGAUGGGCGUGGCCAUGGACAUGUCAGCCUAUCAGAGUGUCAACUCCAACAUGCCUCCUGUCUCCUAUCCAAUGGCUGCUCCCUCUCACCCAGCACCACAGCAGGCGGCAUAUUAUCAACAACCUCUCUUGUAAAACUCUGAUCGACAGCAGACCUGUGAAUACAGAACUCAAGAUAUUUCAGUUUGUACCGGUGGCUUCAGUUUAGCUCACCAUGUCUGUGGGAUUAUCGCUUUAGGACCGUUCGUCUGGUCAUUUUUUGUGCCUGUCGAAGUGAAUCAAGCGCACCCCGACAAACUGAAGUAGUUGAGGUGUGUAUGCACCGCAGGUCUGCUGUCCAUCCGAGUCAGGACUGUGUCUUUGUGCAUAUCCCCAGCCCUCUGAGGCAAAACAUAGCUGCAUCCAGGCGUGAGCGUGCUCCCGCCCUCUCUUCCAUUUUCCGGGUUGACAAUGAAAGUGGUUACGGUCUUCACAAAGGUCACACGUCACCACAGAGGAAGAGCCGAGGUCGCCCACUGGCAGAAGACCAUGCAAAGAUUGAUUGUUGCUUGACUUUAAAGAGAUGAACAGUUCAAAAGUACAGUGCUGUACUACUACGUAUUUCUGACUCCCCUUUUCAGAAAAUCCUGCGACAUGUCAUAUUCAAGAGGGGGAGCAAAGACAGGGGUAGUGUCCCUCAUCUUUGCUUAUACGUUUUGUUCAUUGUUUGUUUUUAAUCACCCUCUUGUUUUUAAGUCUGUCUUUAAGUGAAUUCAUCUGAAGGAGGGCGCAGUUGACCCUGUUUCCUCUUUCCUGUUCCUUUGGUGCACUUUGCCAGCCUUUUUUCUCCUCGUCUGCCUUUAGGAAAAAGAAUUUAAACACACUGGAUCGGUGUAAAAACUGGCGUAGCCCAGCGUGUACACCCAGCCAGUGCUUUUUAAAUCUGUUAGAGGGCAAAAGUGCUCGCUUCAGGGCAAAUUAUAGACAAUUUGAAAGGCUGAUCACCAUUUUCUUCACCAGCAUCCAUCACUUUAGCUGAUCUCUUUUUUUUUUUUGGUCCGGGUGUUUGAUUCUGAAGUACUGCUUUAUUUUCAAAUAUGCAUAUGGAUCAACAUUUAUAUUUGUGUAAAUGGUUCACAAUUUAUUUUCCCAUGAAUUCACUGCCUUGUAAUACAUUCUGUGGGUGCUUAUGAGAUAUUUAAGACAAGUAAUUUCUUUGUGUGUGCAGGUGUUUUGUGUCGUUUAUGUGUCUGUGUUUGAAUGCUUUUCCAUAUGUUGUCUUUAUCAUUGUCAAGUGUCUGAUUUCCACAGGGCCUAUGUAAUGUAAUAGGAGCCUAUGCAUCUGAUUGUAUGGGUUAACUGCGAGGUGGUUUGUGUUUUUGCAUCUUCCUGUCCUUUCAAUCACUCAUCCGAUGAAAAUGCUACACAUAUUUAUAAUGACUACAUCAAUACAUUUUUGUUUAUCUUUAUGUAGAGAGGAGUGUCAUUUAUUUUAAGUGACACUUGAAUAUUUCAGUUUAAGAUUCCAUAAUUUACAUUAUUUUGUUAUGCAAGUGCAAAAUUGUACAUGACACCACCUGUAAUUUGUAUAUUAUUUGGCACAUUAUAGAUUUUCAUGCUUUGAGAAUGUAUAGUAAUUAUCCUCAGCUUUGUUUUUACUAUAAAUAUCCAGGAAAAAAAAAAUGCAAACAGAACAGAAUUCCCCAAAUCUCCAGAAAUGUGUACUUGUGAUCAAGACAAAGCAAGUGAAGUUAGAGGUUCUGAAGUUAGAAACCAAAUAGGUCUCUUGAAUCUGUGGGUUAAAAUUAGGGAGAUUUCUUGGACUCUGCAGUCUUGUACUUACAGUAGCUUGAUAGAUUAAAAUAUGAUUCUAGCAGGAACUGUCUACACUUUAUUUUCUUUACUCGCCUCAUAUUAAAGGCACUGUAUAUUAGAUGUAAGAUAUCUGGUUUUGUCAAUGUUGGCAUUGCACCUUAACUUUGUAAACAUUUAUGUACCACUGGAUGCCUUGUUUUCUGUAGAAAUCAAUAUGACAUGGAAACAGCUUUGGAGGUGGACUUCUGUCCCAGAAGUUGCUGUAUAUCAAGAAUUCUGUGUAUUUAAAAUAUUCCAGGGAACGUUCCUGUAUCCAGCAUUUUAAAAAAAUAUCCUUUUGUAACACAGCAAGCUCAUAAUAUUCUUUGAAAUAAAAACAGACCUGUGUUCAAAA